AUGUAGCUGAUCUGGAUUUUGGCAGCUCUUGUCUCUGCUGCUUUGGCCAGUGACUGUAGAUUCAUGCAGUUCGACUGUUCUGACAUCUACAACUCAGGAGAGUCUCUCAGCGGGGCUUACACCAUCUAUCCAGCCGGUGACGCUCCUGUCUGGGUUUACUGUCAGAUGGUCUCAGAAGGGAAAGAUGAAGACAACGGAGGAUGGACGGUGAUUCAGAGGAGGAUGGACGGCAGUGUGAAUUUCUAUCGGCCGUGGAGAGAGUACAAGAGAGGAUUCGGGAAUGUGGAGGGAGAAUACUGGCUGGGGCUGGAGAACCUCUACCAGUUGACACGCCAUAAGAAGUACAUGCUGAGAGUGGAUCUGGAGGACUUUGAAGGUAGGAGAGGUUUCGCUCAGUACUCGUCCUUCUCUGUGGGUUGUGAAUGUGAAGGGUAUAAACUGCAGGUUUCUGGAUUCACUGAUGGAGGAGCAGGCGACUCUCUGUACCUCCACAAUGAGAUGAAGUUCUCCACUUUUGACAAAGACCAAGACACUCAUGAAAGGAACUGCGCCAAAGGACAUCUCGGGGCAUUUUGGUACGCAGGCUGUCACCAUACAAACCCCAAUGGUGUGUAUUUAUGGGAAGAUGAUGCCACUCAUAAGGCCAUAGGUGUUACUUGGUACAGCUGGAAAGACAUUUAUGAUAUGAGUUUGAAAUACAUCAGCAUGAAGAUCAAACAUCUGUCAUAGAGGCUUUUUAGUAUUCUCAGGGGGGUAAUAGAUUCAACUCUUUACUUCUACUGUAUCAUCUAUAAUGCUUACACAACACUAUACCAUUAAAAC